AUGCAGGACGGCCCUGUGCUGACCAGAGUGACGGAGCCUGUGGACCACGGAGAGGGUCCUCACUGGGACCCAACAGAGAAAGUCCUCUACUAUGUCGACAUAUCGGGCCAGGCACUACACAGAUAUGACCCGGCCAUCAAAACUGACAUCUCGUUGAAAUUUGACAAACCUGUAGCUCUGGUGGUGCCUAUGAGAGGACAGAGACAAACCUGUAGCUCUGGUGGUGCCUAUGAGAGGACAGAGGUAAAAGUUUACAAACCUGUAGCUCUGGUGGUGCCUAUGAGAGGACAGAGGUACAAGUUUGUCGCUGGUCUGGGACGUGAUCUAGUUAUGCUGACAUGGGAAUGGGACACGGGUGUUCACUACCAUACUACAAUCAAUACUGUUGAUCAGCAUGAACCCAUGAACCGCCUAAAUGACGGCAAAGCCGAUGCCAAUGGCAGGAUGUGGGCAGGGACGAUAGGGUUCGAGAAGCCAGUGGGCAGUGUCCUGCCUGACCGGGGCACGUUAUACCGCCUGGACAACGACCCUAGCAAGCCUUGUGUAGCUGAUGUAGAGAUACGACCUGUGACCAUCAGCAACGGCCUCACCUGGAGUCUGGACAACAAGAUACUCUACUACAUAGACACACCCACACGCAGAGUGGACGCCUUCGACUAUGACCUGGAGAACGGAACACUCUCUCAUCGAAGAACCGUGUUCUCGCUCGGUGCAGUGACAGGCAAUCCUGAUGGAAUGACUAUAGACGCUGACGGCAACCUUUGGAUUGCUUGUUGGGGAGGAUCCCAGAUUAUCCGCGUGGACCCGAAGACAGGGGCAUUAUUAAGGAUGAUCAAGAUACCAGUAACACGAGUGACGUCUGUGACAUGGGGCGGGCCGAUGUUAGACACCCUCUACGUCACUACCAUGAGACUGGGGCUCAGUGACAGUCAGCUGGUGGACGAGCCUCACGCUGGGGCAGUGUGGGAAGUGAGAAACCUUAAGGCCAUCGGGACAGCACAGCAUACCGCCGUGGUCACUUGCAAGUGUAAUACAACACUACCUUCUACUUCUACACUACCAUGA